UUUUUAAAUAAUUUUUGUAAUCAGAUGCAGUGGCACCUGCCCCCCAGUGUUUCAAUGCGUAGGCCCAGCCAACAGAAAUGCAUUCAUAGUGUCAAAUCAAGUCACCUAACUGGGCUGUUGUUCCCAUAUAGUUCUAGUGAGUUUCAGGUAUUCCUACCGUACCGACCGGUCCGUGGCUCCUCGGCUGCGCCACAGGUGCGCCAGGUAAUCUAGACUAGGCAUUCAUUGGCGAAUGAACUCCACCCACUGGGAAAGUAGCCAGAUUACCUUUGCGCUUUUCCAAAGUGCCCACCAGAAAUUGUUUACUGGCGAUAACUAUGUGGAUCUCUAUGGACUUGGACGAUAAUUUCAGCACGUAGACCGAGUUGUUUCGCCGUGCUCGCUCUCAAAUACCAGUGGGGAUGGUUCUUUCGCAAAUGUAGGCUACUGAAAACAUCUCCAAACUUCCGUCUAAAAGGAGCAUGAUCGAACGAUGGGGAACAAAUAUGUUAUUCAUUUGCUGGCCUUCAUACUCGUUCAGUGCUCUGUAGAAGAGGUGUCUAGUGCUAUCCAUGGAGAGCGAGGAAGUAGUAUCACACUUGAUCCCCACGUUAGGGGGGAGUUGGACAAAAUCACCUGGACACACAAUGGCAACAACGUGGUGGAAUACGACCAGAGUCAGUUCCAUAUAUUUGAAGCCUUUAAAAAGCGGGUUGUUUUAAAUAUUCAAUCUGGACAGUUGACAAUAAGGAAGUUGAAACCCGAAGACAGUGGUGUUUAUGAGUCAACCGCAAUCACAAAUGGGAAGCCACUGUACUCUAAACACGAUGUUCAAGUAUUUGACUCUGUUCCCCAGCCCAUUGUGACUUGUAAGGAGGAGAGCGGUGAGUCUGAGCUGGCUACACUGGUGUGCAGUGUAGAUGCGGAUACUCCAGUAAGGUACAGGUGGAGGGGCCCUACAGUGUACGACCAGCAAGGCCCUGAGCUACAGCUGGACCGAGAAAAGGACGCAGACUCGGUUUUCAUCUGCCUUGUGAAGAAUGAAGUCAGCGAGAAACAGACCAGCUUCUCUCUACGAGACUGCGAGCCAGAGGGUACGUCAUCUGGAAUCAUUGUAGCAAUAGUCAUUGCUGCAAUAUGUCUUUUAUUGCUGGCAAUACUGAUUCCUCUGCUGAUCUGCAGACAGCAAAAGAAAAAACGUGCCAAGAAGACCCUGGUGCAUGGACACGUGCAUGUUGAGAAUGGAGAAAGAAGAAACCUGUUGUCAGCUGCAGAGGCCACGGAUGAGGACACAGAUGAAGGAGGACAGAGGGGAAAAUCAACGGGACUGGUUCGUGGUGGUCAUCGCAACCCCAAGAGACACUCUGGCCUCGGAGCUGCAGAAAAUGGCACUUCUUUCUCUUUACGAGCAACCCUUCCAAGCAAUGCUAAACUACGGCCAAGAGUUGGCGAUGAACAGAAAAAUGGUGAAGCUAAGGACACCAGCAGUCCAGGCCAACCAACAGCCAAUGGGCUUCAACAGGAUGAACGUGCUGAAAUGUCACAUCCUGUGCCUGUCGAGGUAAUCAUACCGGACCAGAAGGCGCCCGAGGACCAGUCGAACGCACAUGUGACAGAAUCUGUUCCAGCAGUCGUAACCAGUUUCCCACCAAAUUCAGAAGAUCCCGACAUGCAACGAGACACUGUAAAUGGCAGCACAGAUCCGAUUGUGAGUGAGGGGCUUACUUGUAGUAGUCCAGAGGAUGAAGUGGCCGACACAACUUCUUAUCAUCCCCACAGCGUCAUCGGCACGACUGAGGGAGGAGAGAGUAGGAACUCCUUGGAAGAUGGCGAGAAUGUGAGCGAAAGUGGCCUGAACACUGGUCUGACUCCAGAUCUUGCACCAGAAGAGGAAAAGGAUCAAAAUGAAAAAUUGCAAACAGAGGCAGGAAGCAGUCAGGAAGAUGUUGGGGUAAAAACCGAAGCGUUACCUGUUGGGGAAGAUAAUGGCACACAUGUUCAGCAGAACCAUGAUCUACCUGAGGAAAAAGACGACGUAAAAGAUGAGCAACUCCAUUCAGACAAAUCUGUAGAGGACUUGACUGAUGUCGAGCAGACAGUUCAGGAGGAUCCAAUAGAAGAGGCUGUGAAGGUUGAUAAAAGGAACGAAGAGUCUGACCAAGACGAAGACGAGAGAGCCACAGAGGCAAAGGCAACAGGAAAGGAGGAGGGAAGCGAUGAGGAAAUAGAGCAAGAGGAGAGGGAAAAGAAGGAGGAGGAGAACACCACAGCUAUUGAACAUCCUCCUCCCAGAGAAGAAGAAAAAGAUAUUCCCAUUUCAGGCGUACAGGAGGGUGGGAGGAGCACAGAAGAGCCCGAGAUUGAGGGAGAAGAGGAAUUGUCAGAGACAAAACGGCAUGAUGGAAAGGAAACGGAUAGUGGAACAGAGCAGGAGGGUGGUGUGGAAGAUGACACAAACCAAAGUGAGGAAGAUGAGAAGACACCUGGACAAGAGCAGAAUGACUUAAGACAGGAGGACACACUCAAACUCGAUGAGGAGGUGGAGCGUGCAAGUAGUAAGGUGGAGGAUCAACUUCUGCAGGAGGCUAAUGAGCAACCAAUCGGUGAUCACCAAGCAAGUGGGAUGAAUGAAAUGAAUGAUAAAGAAAGUGAGAUGAUGUCACAGAGUAAGGCACAAGAAGAAGAUGAUGAAGAUCUGAAACCACUGCACAAGGAGGAGGAAGACCACAGUAUACCUGCAGAAAUGUCUCCCUCUUUAGAGCGACAAGGCAGUCCUGAUAUCAAAAUAGAUCAGACAGUCAGUGCGACAGACACAGGAAGUGACAGUACAGAAAAUAAUAUUGAAAAGGAAGUGAAAAAUGAAGAUGAAACAGAGGAACAGAGUUUACUGGCAACACAGCCUGUUGGAUUAAUGGAAGAGGCCAGAACGUCACCUACGGACCAAAGGUGUGAUAAAGAUGACGAUGGUGAGGAAGAGGAAAAAACUGAAGAUCACGGGCGAGAUGAACAUACAACCACUAUCCACAGCAAAGAUUUUUCUGAGAAAUCAGAUGUGCCUGAGCUGAUAAAAGAGGAGGAGCAGAAAAAUACAACUGGAGGUGUAAUUUCCAAAGAUGAGGCUGUUGAACCUGAGAAAAGUGAUGAGGAAAUUGCUGCAGUGGCAACUAACACUGAACCACAAAGGGAAAGCUCCCAGGAGGAGCAAGAAAAGCAAACAUCUGAACUGGUCAAACCUGCAUCAGAUGAAGACGAAGACGGGAAACAGUUAAGCCUCCAGGCACAGGACAAAGAUCCCAAGGACCUAAACGAUGAGGAGAGCGAAAAGGAAGAGGAGCUUAAUGAUGCAAACAGGCCUGCAGGUCAUGAAGCUGGCGAAUCUGACAAAGCAGAUGAAGAUGAGACCGCAGUUUCUACACCAAAGAAUGAAAGCAGCCAAGAACAAGACACAAGUGAACCAGACGAACCUCUGUCCGAAGCAGAGCGAGGCACAGGCAGCAAACCACAGGUUGAUGAAGACCACAAACUGACAGAUGACACUGAAACAGAAAGCAGGCCAGCAGGCCAGGAAGAUGUAUCUGAGAAAAAGGACGACGGAACAAUAUCAGUUCUGGAACCACACCAUCCGCAGGCCAAAGCAGAGGAGUCUGAUGAACAUGACAAAAGCGAUGAGGAAAGUAUUUCAGUGACGGCCAACACUGAAUCACAAAGGGAAAGCAACCAGGAAGAGCAAGAGAGACAAACACCUGAUCUGGUCAAACCACCAUCUGAUGAAGAGCAAGACUGGGAACAAUUAAGCCUCCCACCAACACAGGACAAAGAUCACAAGGACCUGAACGAAGAUGAGGAGAGCGAAAAGGAAGAGCCAUCAGUCCAGCUGCAGGACGAAGCCCCUGAGGAGGUAAAAGAUGAAGAGCAAAAAGGCCAGACAGACAGUGACCAGGUACAGCCUCAACCACUGACGAAGGAGUUGGUAGAGAAGCUGAACGAUACAAAUACCGGCGGUGACCAUGACGUGGACAAAGACUUGCCACGAGAGAAGACUGAAGGAGAUGCUGAGAUGGAUGACGACAGGGAGGUAGUCAAGGAACCUGCACCGAACAACACAGAUCAAGUGCAGGGUGAGGCUGAUCCUUCAGUUCCUGACGUGAAGUUAACUGCCGCAGAUGGACAGGAACAUGAUGUGACAGAAGACCAAGUGACAGAAAAGCCAGGUAAUCUUCGUGACAGUGAAACGCCUGCUCCUGCACAGGACAAGGAGGCGGAGAAAAGGCAACAGGACGCACAGAAAGACGGACAACAGCAAGAUGAUGAAAACAAUUCUGAUGAUUCUGAUGAAAAUAAAAUGUUAACUGACCGAGAUGACGAGAUUAACCGAAGCCAAGAGCCUGACAAGACACCGGCGGCAGAGAAAAUAGAGGACAGGGGGCUGCAGCCACGACAGACUGAUGGAGACUCACUAAAUACCACAUCGCCAGGCCAACUGCAGACUGAGCAGAACCACGUCAAUACGCAAGAAAAAGGGAGUCUACCUGAAAAAGAACCACCCAAUGAAAUUCAAAAGAUAGAUCAGGCACAGGUACAGCAAGAACCGCCAAAUGGUUCCAGUAGUGCUAGUGACGUAGGAAAUGCUGAAGAGAUUGAGGAGCCAGAGCAGAAUGAAGAUAAACGUGCUUCUUCAUUAGAAAAGGAAGACCAAGGCAGAAAAAAUAUGGAAAGAAAGAGUGCGGAGAUGAAGGAAGAUAAUGCGGACCAAAGUGGGGUAGAAAAAGUUAAAGAAGCGAGUCAAGAUGGCAAAAAUCUAAACUGAUUCAAAUUUGAUGUUGAGAUUUAGAAGAUGAUUGCGCAAACAGGGUUUUUUUUCUUAAAUAUUUAAUGAAUUUAAUGAAGGAUGGUAGGUAGAUGUCAAGAAGCAUGUAACCUUCCAACUACUUUGUAAAUACUAACACUUACAUUUUAGAUUUUAUAGUAUGAAUGUGUUUAUAAAACAUUUAAUAGUUUCCCAUGUUUCUUGUGUUUCUUUGAACUUGAGUUUACAGUGUCUCAAAGAAAGACAGGGCUGGGGAACCUAUGUUAACGGCCCUCAACGCUGUUUUAUCCGGCCCUCGAUAUAAUUUUAAUGUUAUGCAGCUUCACAUGAAAUUACAUUUUGUAAAGGAAUCUUAGAAAAUGCAUUUGCAAUACAAUUGUUAUAUUCAGGGGACCUGGAGAAGGUGGGGGUCUGUUUUAAAGGUGACUGCUUUCAAAAUAGGCCCUCCCAAUGAAAAAGCUUCCCCACCCCUGCACUAAGAUAUUACACUUCACACACAAUCAGUAGGCCUCUACUUCCAGCAUGGGUUUAAGAGAAAUGCCAAGGUUUGUCCACCAGGGGGAGUACAUCAUCCAUCACAGUAAUCAUGACUGAAGCAACAGCUUACAUCCUGUGAAAUGUACGUUCACACCCCCACCCUGUGUGUGUGUGUGUUUGGUGGGGGACAUCAGUUCAAGAUUUAGGGUCAAGUAUUUAAGUGACAUCACACACAUUACAACCUAAAUGGCAAGACAAUGUGCACAACAUACUUUCGCUCAUUGAAAGUUUAAUGGAAUACCCGUAUAGAUAGAUGUAUCCAAAUUUCAGAGAAGCAUAUUUAAAAGCCAAUACAUCUAAAUGUACUUGGUGCAGACAGCACAUUACCCCUUUACUGUAGAAAAGAAUGUUAUUUAAAAAAAAAACAAAAAAAAAAACAACAAAUUGACGGGUUGAAAUUUGGAUUAAAAAAAUGUACUGUACAUGGUGGUACACAGACCUUUUCACAUCGAAUUAACCCACGCACUAUCAUGCAUUUUCUAGUCACUAUCAUAAAGUUCAAAUGGUGCAAGUACCAAUCAACACCCCUUUUAUUUUAGAACUUCAAUGUGCUGGAGAAAGACGAAGAAGAAUUCUACAGGAAUAACUAGCCCUGACCAAAGGCAGAUGAAAGCGUUCACUUAAACGCUUUUAAAUUUAGUUUUAUCACUGCCAAGGCAGUUUUUAUUUUGUCAGGAGGCUGGUUCCAGCAUUUGGCAGAAUAAUGGCUAAAUGUCAUUUCACCAUUUAAUUUCUACCCUACGCAUAACCAGCAGAGGAGACCUUUUAGGAUAUUACUGUAGCAUAUCUGCAAUAUAUUUAGGUCAUACAACAUUGAGUAAAUUUCAAUCAGAAGAAUUUUAAACUUAAUUCUGAACCUCACUAGACACAACUGCAAUUACCCAAACAGGAGUGAUGGGUCUUUUCUUUAAAAUGGAAAAGUUUGUGCUGUGAAGUUAUUUGUGUUCCCUUGAGGCCUAGGUGAUACAAGGAAUACCGGCAAUUUCACCAGUAGUUGCACCAAGAUGAACAAAACACCUUACGCAAAUGCAUUUCCUUUUGAAGUCUUUAUUUUUCUUAAAAAGUCCAUCAAUAUCUGGAGUAUGGGGUGAGGGACUACUGAAUCUUGGAGCUGGCACAUGGGUGGAUUUCAUGUGACUGUUGUAAUAAAAAGGCAUCCCCACAGUGGUCAAUUACAGCCAUGAGCAAUAAAACCAGACAUACACCUGGGCAAUAUUUGGCCAUAGUAACAGCAACAACCGUAAUAAAAAAAUGCACCAAUGGGGAGAUAGAAAAAUCUUGGUCUUCUGAGGUGUGGAAAAGAUGUUUUACCGUCAAUUUAGUAACCAUUUCUUCAAAAAAAUAUAACAGAAUGGUAGAGAAAUUCUUUACAAUAAAAUAAAGACAUCCUAAAAGGGGGUCAAUUCAUCACCAUUUUAAAAAGAUAGUAAGCUGUGUAUAUUAGUGAAUGGCACGUAUGACGUAUAAACGUUUUAUUAGUUAAGAGAAGGGGGUGGGGUGG